AUGGCCUCCUUCACCCCAACCCCUGUGGACUCGAUCGCGUCAACGGUCACCCGCCUCGACGCGGCCUUCGGCACCCUCAAGUCUCACCCGCUCUCUUUCCGCCUUGAGCAGCUCGGCCGCCUCUACUGGGGUCUCCGAGACAAUGAGCAGGCACUCUAUGAUGCGUUGGCAGCCGACAUCGGGAAGCCGGUUUUUGAGACAUUCAUGACCGAGUUCGCGUGGCCGUUGAGCGACAUCGUGAACGUUAUGGAGAACCUUAAGACCUGGGCGGCGGAUGAGCCUAUCACCGACGUGCCAUGGACUACCAAGCUUGUCAACAAACCAGUCAUGAGGAAAGAUCCUAUGGGAACAAUUUUAAUUAUUGGAGCUUCAAACUUCCCCGUUCAAUUGACCAUCAGUCCGCUGGUGGGAGCGAUAGCCGGAGGUAACGCAGCCGUUGUGAAACCCAGUGAGCUGACUCCAAGAUCUUCUGCACUUAUUGCGAAAAUCGUCGAGGAUGUUCUGGACAAUGACUUUUACGCGGUCAUCAAUGGCGGGAUCGAUGUGACGACGAAGCUCCUGGAGCUGAAAUUUGAUAAGAUUGUCUACACGGGAAGCACUUAUGUGGGGAAAAUUGUUGCGGCUGCGGCAGCAAAGCAUUUGACGCCUUGUAUAUUGGAACUAGGCGGCUUAAACCCCGUGUUCGUCACCAAAUCUGCCGAUGUAAAAACUGCUGCCAAAAGGAUCGCCUGGGGGAAGGUCCACAAUGCCGGCCAAAUCUGUCUAGGACCUGAUUACGUUCUCAUACACCCUAGCCUCGAGCGCGAAUUUGUCGAAAGUUUCAAAAAUGCACUCGAAAUAUACCUCCCGAAUGGUGCGCAGGCCUCCCCGGAUUACGGCAAAAUUGUCAAUGAUAGAAACUUCAACCGCAUUAAGAAGCUGUUGGACAACAGCGGUGGAGCAGUCUUGUGUGGCGGAAGUGUCGACGAGUCAACAAGGUUCAUCGAACCAACACUUGUGAAAGUGACAAAUUCGAGUGAUAGUUUGUUGAGCGAAGAAAUUUUCGGCCCUGUGAUUCCUACGAUGGUUGUAGAAAAAGUCGAUGAGAUGGUGUUAUUGGCGAAGAGGCUGGGGGAUACGCCGCUGGCGAUGUACGUCUUCUCUGCGGAUAAGUUGGAGCAAGAAAAGAGUAAGUCCAUCCUCGCACACCUCGGUCGGCCCGCCUCAGUUUUGGCCGGCGGCUACUUUAUGCUCGCCAACGGCGAGCUUCUCUUUGUCAACAUGAUGAAUAACCGCGGCUGCAGUUCUCAAGAGUGUGAGGUCUGGGGGUGUCUCCAUUAA